CGACAAAACGACCGAGUGGGCGGGUGUGACGACACAUCGUGCGCUUCUGUGUCGGUGGCUAUGCGCGUCCUUGCCACGGAGUGUGAUAUUUUGAGCGGCGGGUGGGGCGGCAGGAACAGGGGCGUAGAGAGGCGGUCCUCAAUUGGGUUCUCGAGGAGUACUCUCUGGCCUUCUUUGUCUUCGGAGAGAGUGGUCUUCGCACGUGUCGAUAUAGAUCGUUUAAGUCACCGAUGCUUCUCGGUCGUUGGACGCCUAAAAGGUGUUUGGGUUCGCGUGCAACGUUUCCUGUUGAUGUUCGUCACUUAUGAAAUACAAGUGAAGUGCGUCUAUUUCGAACAAAAAUACAGCGCGGAGCAUAACUGUACCAAUAAAUGGAGCUAGAGCUACUGCUAUACGUUAAUGUUAUCGAUAAUUCGAUAUAUCGACAAUAUAGUUAUGGCAAAGGAGUAACUAAAGUAGAAUAUAACGUGUAACCCUAUUGUUCGGAUCUAAUUACUCAUGUUUUAAUUUAGGUUAGAUCAUAUUUGAAGUUUAAACAAGAAUGUAUACAUCCAAAUGAUAAAAUUUGAUUUAACAUAAAUCGAAUCUAAUAAUCAAAGCAACUGUAAUCUAUUAACUUCAUCUAACUUGACCUAACCUAAUCUAACUCACUUCUCAUGUAACGUAUUAAAUUAAGAUAAGUUAACAAAUGUCAAUGAUGAAAUCAAAUCAUGUAUCUUGACCUGACCUAGCUUAACCCUAACCUCACCUGGUGCAGAAUACUAUUAUCCAGAUUUAAUUAGUACAGAUAGGGUUGUCUAGGUUUCAAGUUUAAGAUGAGCCACUGUUGUAUUACAGCAGUCUUAAAACUACAAACUUACUUAAUUAGAUAAAAUAUUCCAUCUAUGUAUUUUAUGUAGCUUAAAUAUUUGUAUUUAUUGGUAUAGUUAUGCUGUUCACUCUAUUGCUUGUAAACAAGAGGAAAGAAAAAUCAAUCCAGAUGCAGUCUUUUUGCAGAAGGGUCGUUACGAUUAUAACUAAGUUGAUUAAACGCUCGUGAGACGAGCAUUUUCACAUAUAGUGAACUGAAGAGUCAACAGGAUUCCAUAUAGCAAAGAAUGGAUUCCUAGCAUAAAGGUCUUUCUAAGAAAAAAUUAGCAUCGAUAUAGUUCUGUUGUUUGCCUUGGAAAGAAUCUGCGACAGAUAUUUUCAUCAUGAAGCGAAGUGUAGAUGGAAGAAAUAUCACCCAGGAGGAUAUUGAAGAUCAUGAUCCCUUACAAGUGCAACAACAGCAAGAUGAUGCUGAGCAACAGCAGCAGCAAAUGGAACAACAAACUGCCCAACCUCAGAUUCGUUUUCUAAGUGCAAAUGUUCUGCAGCAGCUACAACAACAGCAAGAUGUUCAACAACAAGCUCAACAGCAGCAACAGCCACAAGUUAUUACAUUGCAACAGUUGCAAAAUUUUGUGCCUUUACAAACUCAACAACCACAACAUGAUCAACAACGAGCGCAAACGAUUUCUGUACAAUCUCUGCCUCAACAAUUUUUACAGGGUGCUCAGUUAAUUAGCACUCAAGCUCAAGCUGCCCUUCAACAACAACAGCAACAAUCACAACAGCAGCAAACACAACAGUCACAGCAACAGCAGCAACAACAACUUAGCUACAGCGUUAUACCACAGAUGCAAACUGUAAAUAUAGAUGGUCAAGAAGCGCUUUUUAUUCCUUCUUCUGCUAUGUCUGCUGCAAGUGGACAUCAUCAGAGUCAGCCCACAAUGCAAUUUGCUACUGCUAAUGGACAGCAAGUACAACUUGCUAGUCAGCAAGUACAAUUGGCUAAUGGGCAAACAAUCAUCACGCCUCAACCGGUUAGUUUAAUAAGAGCACCUAAUGUCUUUCCUACUUCUAUUAUACAAAAUGUAACUGGGCAAACUCUUCAGCUACCAACAGGGCAAAGUGUACAAGUUAGGCCGCUUCAAUUUCCUAUGCAACACGUUCAGCAAACUGUACCUGUACAAGUACCAGUCACUGCUAGUAACGGUCAAACCGUGUAUCAAACCGUGCAUUUUCCUGUCCAAGCGUUGUCCAGUGUUUUUAAUGUGCCUACCACGCAAAUGAUACCACAGAUUACCCAGCAAAUUCCACAAAUGGCUCAAAUUAUUACACCAAAUGGACAAAUUCAGCAGGUCCAAAUUGCUAACAUACCACAGCUUCAAAGCUUGCAGAGUCAACAAGUAACGCAGGUAGCUCAGCAAGUUGCUCAACAGCAGGCACAACAACAAGUAGUUCAGCAGCAACAACAGACGCAAGUAGUGCAGUCCGUGCAACAGCAACAACAAGCGGCUCAAGCUCAAGUUCAACAGCAGCAGCAGCAACAACAACAGCAGCAACAAGUACAACAAGUAGUUCAACAAGUCAUACAACAGCAGCAACAACAACAGCAACAAGUUCAACAGGCACAGCAGCAGUCAUCCACGCCAUCGUCAACUAUAGCUACUUGGAGUACAACUGUAUCAACUCCGAGCAAUGUUCAGGUACUUGGUAUUGGUACACUUGGAAGAUCAGUCGCGGGAAACGGUAGUGUAAUUACUACCAAGGAUGGACAAAAAAUCGACGUGCAAACGUUAUCAGCUUUAACGAGACCUCCGGAAGCGGUCGAAGGUGAUAUAAAAGUUACUAGUAUCGAUGCUAGACAACUGGCAAGUGGUCAAGUUAUACAUAUUCCUGCUGCUCAAUCGACGCAACCUGCUGUCCAACCCAUUACAAUUGCAGGAGCACAAGCACAACAGCUAACCCUAAUUCCCGCAUCAGCGUUAGCAAACUUAACUGCCCAGCAAGGUAACAUGAUGAGGGGCGUUGGUAGUGGAAGUAUAAUGCAACUUCAACCAGCCGCUGGAAUAAAUGCAACAAAUGGUUUCCUUCAGUCGAUACCCGUGCAAAAUAUUCCAGGUUUGGGUAACGUGCAAGUUAUACCUGCAAGUGCGCUUCAGCCCGCUACCGUUCAAACUCUGCCUGCAACAGCAGCUGCGCCUAUCGUAGCUGCGCCAACAGUGCAAUUAGAUUCAAACGAUGCAACGAAAUGGCAAAUUCUACAGACUCUUCAAUCGAACAACACUUUAACAACACCUACUCCUAUUUCUCAUCAGCAUCAGAUAAAUACAGCAGCGUCCACAAACAUUGAAACAGAUUCUAAUAAGCAACAUCGCAGAAGAGUCGCUUGCACUUGUCCCAAUUGUGGUGAUGGUGAUAGGAAUAGAGAUAUGACUAGAAAACGGCAACAUGUUUGCCACAUAGCUGGGUGUAAUAAAGUGUAUGGAAAAACGAGUCAUCUUCGGGCUCAUUUAAGGUGGCAUACCGGAGAGAGACCGUUUGUUUGUAGUUGGAUAUUUUGUGGUAAGAAAUUUACUAGAUCCGAUGAACUUCAGAGGCAUCGACGAACUCAUACAGGAGAGAAGAGGUUCCAGUGCCCUGAGUGCACUAAGAAAUUCAUGCGAUCGGAUCAUUUAACAAAACACAUAAAGACGCAUACAAAGAUUCGGAGCACGGAAGCAGCUACUUCAACGCAAGAAGGUUCUUCCGACAGUCAGUCUUCUACAGAAGAGAAAAUUAUCAUUGCUCUUCAUAAAGAGACAGAACAAUCCGAUAUGGUGAUUUCAGAGCCCAUGGAUGAUAUAAAACCCCAAACAGGGAACCAUGUAACGGGUUCGUCUGCCUCUGAAAAUUUAGGAGUGAAUGUUGGUUGAACAUUGGUUGUUGUUACGUUACGAUAUCGAUGGAAGAUAAAUUUAUUAGUAAUCGUAACGUUGCAUUGUUUAUGGCAGUUAGUAAAGAUUAUUGCAAUUAUUUUCUGCGACGAUACGAAAGAGAAGGGAAACAUUCUACAGGGAUUAUCAUAACUCAUAGCGCAUAAUCUAUUUUUGUACCGAAAAGAAGAGAUCUGUAUAUAUGUACAUAAUUGUAUAUUACUGUAAAAACACUUUUACACAAAAAGAAUUUUACACUUAUAAACAGUUUUUGAUAUUACAGCGUGUAGAAAAGUUCAGUCUUUCACCUUAUUAUAGCGAAAUUUUUAUGGCACGUAGUGACAAUAAUGUUGCAUUGUUCUUUUCAGGCACAAUAGUUCAAUAGUUAAUAUAAAAAAUAAAAAAGA